AUAUGUCCAGCGGUGUAGUUGAAAGGAAUCAAGAUGCAACUGUUUAUGUGGGUAAUCUUGAUGAACAGGUAACUGAUGCCUUACUUUGGGAGUUAUUCUUGCAGGCUGGUCCAGUGGUUAGUGUACACAUCCCCAAGGACAGAUUGACUCUCUUGCAUCAAGGCUACGGUUUUGUUGAAUUCCUCAGCGAAGAAGAUGCCGAUUAUGCUAUGAAGAUUUUAAAUAUGAUUAAGCUUUUCGGAAAACCCAUUCGCGUAAAUAAAGCUUCGGCAGAUAAAAAAUCUUUGGAUGUGGGUGCUAACAUAUUUAUCGGAAAUCUUGAUUCGGAAGUGGAUGAAAAGCUCCUGCACGAUACUUUCAGUGCUUUUGGCGUUAUACUGCAGCCUCCGAAGAUCAUGAGGGACCCGGAAACGGGGCUAAGUAAGGGUUACGCAUUUAUUAGUUAUGCGUCUUUCGAUGCGUCCGACGCUGCUAUUGAGGCCAUGAACGGAAGGUAUCUGUCCACGAAGGCCAUAAGUGUUUCUUAUGCUUACAGAAAGGAUGCGAAAGGAGAGCGACAUGGAUCCGCUCAGGAGAGAAUGAUAGCCGCCCAGAACCCACACAUGGCUCAGAUGAAACCCCACCAGUUCUUUGCCGAUCAGGAUGCCUCCAAACUACCCGUAGUUCCUUCAGCAGAUCCCUCGUUGCUUCCUGGCAUGCUUCCACAUGGUCUUCAGCCACUUGCACCGCCGUUGCUGCCCCUGGGUCUGCCAGUGGGGAUGCCUCCUAGGAUGCCUCCCUCCAUUGGUUUGCCCCCUGGACUUCCUCCGAGACUUCCACCCCCGGGGGUUCCCCCGCCUCCGGGAGUCCCCCCCAUACCACCUUCUGGAGGCGCGCAUCCCCCUUUCCCAACACACUCUAGCCCACCUUCCACUAUAGGAACUAGUGGCUUUCGGGAUAUGAAUAGUAGUAUAACAGGGGAGUCUUCCAGCGAAACGUAGUUGCAAAACCGUAGUUUGUGGCAUAGGAAUUUAAAUUAGGCCAAUGAAAGCAAUAUUAUUGUUUACUAAAUA